AUGUCUCGCCAUUCGCUCCCCACCUACGAAAAUAUCCCUGCCGUCGAUGGCAUGCCUCACGGCUGCGCCUGGGGCCUGUGGGACAAGGAUGACAAAGCUGAUCAAGUUGGGACUCUUAACCUUCUAACCCCAUCCAACACAUUCGAGGCCAGGAAAGAGAUUCAGACCGGUGUUUCAGUUUCACUGAACUGGCCCUUGGAACGGAUUGAGGACCCAGGUCACAAUCGGACCAAGAUCAAGCACCGUUUCUUGGAUCUGAAGCCUGCCCUGGUGGGACACGAUGACGAAAUUUGCAUCAAUACACAGACAAGCAGCCAGUGGGACGGACUCCGACAUUGGGCCCAUCAGGACUCCGGGAAGUACUACAAUGGCUUGACUCAUGAUGAGAUCAGCGGGGAAAGACCCAAUCUACGCAACGGCAUUCAAGAAUGGUCGAAACGAGGCGGUGUUGUCGGCAGGGGUGUGCUUCUUGACUACGUUGCAUGGGCUGAGAAAAGAGGUAUCGAGUACAGUGCGGCCAGCAAGCACUGUAUUAGUCACCUGGACUUGGAAGCGAUUGCGGAUGAAGAGGGCGUGAAGCUCAGAGUCGGCGACAUUCUCAUGGUCCGAACUGGGUGGAUCAAGUGGUACAACGAAUCUACCUCAGAUGAAAGAGUGGCGGGAUGUAAGACAAACCACAACUAUGUAGGAGUUGAGGGUACCGCGGAUAGCAUCAAGUGGUUAUGGGAUCAUCACUUCUCUGCUUUGGUUGGCGACAACAUGGCUUUCGAGGCUUGGCCAGCGGAAGGCCCUUACAUUAGGAAUCCAUGA